AUGGCUAUUGAUGAACACCCUGGGCCGACGGAUGCUCUGGAAACCUGUGCCUCCGUCGCACUGCAAGACAACCCGUGGUGGCAACUUGACCUGAGGAAUAUCUACCGCGUAACUGCUGUGUCUAUCCUCAGCUCAGGAGACUGCUGCUCGGAGCAGCUGAACGGGGCGGAGGUCCGCAUCGGCCUCAGCAAGGACGUUACCAACCAGAGGUGUGCCAUCAUCUUCGUUUCAGAGGGAGAGCAGAAAUACAUUCUACCAAUGUGGAAUAAUGGAAGGACGCUUCAAAACGUGGCUUUGAGAGGACUGGCUUUUCAUUCUUCCUCAAGUCUGGAAAACAGUGUAGCCAGCAAAGUCAUUGAUGGCAAUCAGUCUUCCACCUGCAGCGUAGCCAUUGAGCAGCCAGGUCCGUGGGUAACAGUGGAUCUACUGGUUCCUUACAGUGUGACUGCAGUCCAACUCGCCUACAGCUCCAACUGCUGCUUCAGUUACGAUGUCCGUGUAGAUGACACAAGCUGUGAGGUCAUCUCCAGUAAUGCAUAUUCUUUGAUGACCCUGGAUUGCGGUGGGAUUGUGGGUCGCUAUGUGACUGUGAUCCAUCAUGGCGUAGCAACGCCUCUGUGCGAGGUGGAGGUCUAUAGCACUUUGGAAAAUCUUCAAAACAGAUUCCCUCAGCUGCCCCCGCCCCAUGUUAAAGAUUACUGCUCCGAUGUGUCCUGUGGACGAGACUACAUUCUCAUUCCUGAUGAACCCAAAACAUGGUUUGAAGCCCAGAGCUACUGCAGAGAGAAGUACACUGACCUGGCCACCAUCAACGACGUUCAGGACAUGUAUAGGGUCAUGGAAAAGAUGGAGAAUUACUCCAAAAAAGACUUUUGGAUUGGGCUGUAUGAAGACGUUGCUACCUGGAGGUGGUCUCUGUCAGGUUAUUAUGGAGCGAGUGAAGCUGAGUUCAGGAACUGGGGUGCUGGUGAACCCAAUCUGGAGAGGGCCACCCAGGACUGUGCAGGCAUACAACACACGGGAGAAUGGAGAGACCUGCAAUGUGACUUACUUAACUUCUUCCUAUGCUUUGAUGGCAGAACAGGUGCACUCAAAAGCAAGAUUCUCGUGGAAACAGCUAUGAAUUGGGCCGACGCUCACAGCUACUGUAGGAAACACCACACAGACCUGCUCAGUGUGAGAAACCAGGCGGAGAACCAGGAAGUCCAGAGCAUGGUGCCGGAAGGAAAGCUGGCCUGGAUCGGCCUCUUUCAAGACUCCUGGAAGUGGUCAGACGGGAGUUACUCCUCGUUCAGAUACUUGUCUCAGGAACAACCCCUUUUAGGAGAGGGUCCCAACUGCGCUCAUGUUUCCGACAGGAAAUGGAACGCCAGGUCCUGCGACACCAAAUCUAUGUUUCUCUGCUACACGUUUAAGAAGAAGACGUUUGUGAGGAUCAGUGCUGACUUUGACAUGAGUGACCCAGCCGUUCAACAACAAAUCGUGAUCCAGCUGGAGGCAAAGAUGAGAGACAUGGGAAUCACUGAUUUCAAGAUCAACUGGAAGAUGUCCGGACAACAAAAACAACCAUGACAACCUCCCAUUGAAUUAACUUGUUUAGUUGUACAUGCUUGUUCACUUGUAUACAUUCUGCAAUGUUUAAGUAACCCUCUCAGA